AUGAACUCUGCAACGAACGAAAGUCACUGCCUGUUCAAAACACCCCUUCGGCCUGGUAGCUCAAGGAAGCGCACACAUGCGUCAGUCACAAAUCUUCACUCGCACAAGCGACGGAGAGUCUCUAUGGCUUCAAUGGAUCUAUCGAGGGAAUUUGGAAUUGAAUCAUCGAGUGGAGAGCCCGCUUCUACGCCAGCGGUGGAUAGAUUCGUGCCACUUCGUCCAAAAACAUUUUUGCCACUCAACAUUACACCACGAACUAAUCGUAUAUGCAAGAAGUUAGGACUGGCAGACGACAAGAUAUUCAAUUUCAGAGAUGAUACAGAAAUUUCGUCGUCCUCUACCUCUGGAGAUAACGCGUUCGGCCUUCUGCGCAGAAGUGUAUCUUCCCUCUUUAUUACUCCCCCGGCUAUACGGGCGUCUUCAGUCGUUGAAAACCUGGCGAAACGACGGCAAUGCAGCAUGACGCUCGACAGCCCUGGUAUUCCUACGGAUCCAAGUGCAUACCCCAUCAGCUGGUCAAAAAGAAAUUUAAUAGCUGUUGCAUGCGGGAAAGAUGUGUUCUAUCAGAAUCUUGAUACUAAAGUCGUCUGUCACCUUUUCAAGUGUAUGCUACCACCCCCCGCUGAUAUCUAUGCCAUCGAAUGGGGAGAGCAGAUGACAGAGAACUACCUUGCUGCUGGAAACAGCAUGGGGUGGAUACAGGUGUGGGUCGCAGGGGUUGAGGGUGGGUCAAAGAAUCCAGUGCGUCUUUGGGGCGAUCCAAAAGAGUUUAUACCAAUCAAGAGCUUCGGUUGGAACGGCAAUGUAUUGACUGUAGGGAAGGGGGAUGGAACAAUCUCGCUCUAUGAUGUUCGUGCUCGGGAUAAAGUCGUCAAGACGUCACAACAUCGAAAAUCUGUACUUGGGUUGCGUUGGAGCGGGGAUGGGACAUAUCUCGCCAGUGGGGAUGCGGAAGGGAUGGUGCAUGUAUGGGACAAGAGGGCAUGCAAGUCAUUGUUGGAUAUCGGAACAGCCAGCCCGAAGAUGCGCCAUAAAGCGGGUGUGAAGGCUAUCGCUUGGUGCCCAUGGAAGAGUGAUCUGUUCGCAACUGGCAGUUACAGUCCGGAGGGGAAAAUUCGCUUCUGGAGCACCUCUGAGAUAGCCCAUUGUCCAAAGCCGCUGGAUACCCUCUCCUUGAACACUAAUGUGCUAUCCCUUCAGUGGUCACCUCACUGCAAGGAACUUUUGAGUACUCACGGAUCUUCGUUUACACCACCCCUCUCUCGACGACGGUCUUCUCUUGGAAUUGCCUCCCGGGAACAGGCACGUCCAACCGUCGUCACUCCAAGCGUCGUUGUCCCCUCUCCCCUUACAAACUCCAUUGCGGUCCACGAAUAUCCGUCGGGGAAGCGUCUACUAUCGCUAACACAUGCUCAUAUGAGUGCGGUGACGCACAGCUGCCUGAGUCCAGAUGGCGAGAGCGUGUUCACGGCGUGUCCGAAGGAGGAGACGAUCAAGAUGUGGCAGGUUUGGAGCCAAUCAUCGACAUCGUCGCGGAAGGAAAGUGCAUUUGACAAAUUUGCCAUCCGGUAA